GUGAUCUUGCAGGAUCCAGCCAAUGAAAAGAUCUGGGAAGUGAGCGCGCGCUACAGAGCUCAGACAGCUCCUCAGUCUAGCAGUGGGAGCAAUUGGAGCAGCAGCGACGAUGGCUGAUCGGUGGAACGGGUUUGGGGACAGCGACAGCGAUCCGGAGGCCUCUGUAGCUAGGAACAGGCAGUGGGAAGAGUUAUGGGGAGCAGAGGAGGAGUGGUGCCAGCGGGAGGAAGAUGAGGAGGAGGAGGAAGAGGAGGAAGUAGAGGAGAGGGAGGAUGAAGACGAGGUUCAGGACUACAGGGAGGACGAGGACGAGGAUCAGGACGAGGAGUGGCAGAACUUGCUGCAGGGGGCUUGGGCAAACAACUUGGAGGACGAGGACGAGGACGAGGACGAGGACGAAGACUGGGAGGAUGAGGAUGGGGGGCAGGUGAAGCUGGAGGAGGAGGAGGAGCAGCAGCACAGGGAGGAGGAGGAGGAGGACUCCCAGCUCUCCCUGGAGGCCCUGCGGGUCCUGGAUAGACUGAAGAUGAUGGACUGCCCUUUCCUCUCUGGUCUUUAUACCAGUAGACAGAAGACUGCCAAACAGUUCCUGUGCACCCCGUCACUUUACCGUUUGGAUAUUCUGGCCUGGCUGUUUACACGAUUGUAUCCCUCAUUUCAAGAAUCAUUUGAAGCUUGGCAGGACUCAAAUGAUGAAGACAAAAUAAUAGAGCUGACCAAACUUGGCAAUGAACUGAUGCUGUGUGGGCCAAAUGACCAGGAUCUCAUUAAGGGUUGUGUCCGUGACAAAAGACAGCUGGGUUUCAUGAAGGAAUUACUCACUCUGAUAGAAAAUAUGAAUACUGAAUUCAGUGGCAAUUUCUCCAGCAUGGGCAAGAACAUGAGUAACUUGAAGCAAAAGGAGGGCCAAGCAACUGCAGACCUGCACAAGGAGAUCACAGGCCCCAAGUCAAACUCUGUGCCUCAAGCGGCAGAGUCCCAUCUUGAAAAAGAAGAAAACCGUAAUGGAAAGGCAAUGGAGUCCAAGAAGUCCAAAGUGGAAGAGCUUUCCGACAAACUGACCAAGCUCACUGAAAUGCUGCAGACACACAAUAGAGAGGUCUUCAAUAGUCAGGACAGAGUCAACAGACUGUUUUACCCGGGUCCAUCUAGGUUCCAUAAGCAGGACUCAAGAGCUGCCAAUGGAGUCACGAAUACUUCUGAGGAAGGGACCACAAGAGCAGAGAGGCCACGUCAGGGGAAAGGCUAUUUUGGUAGAGGCAACUUCACAGGGAUGCAGCCUCAGAACCCCAAACCAGUGACAAGCCAGAAUAUGCCAUUUGGCCUCCGCCACAUGGGAAGAGGAUUAGGAAAUUCUCAUAAUGGGCAAUGACAUAACAGUCUAUCUGGCCCACCAUUCCGUAACAUAAUACAUUAACAGAUAAUUAAAAAAUAAUAACUAUCCUUUAUGUAGCGCUUAAGGUUUACCAACCACUUUGACAAUGUUAUUGCAUUUGAUUCUCCUAACAAUCCUAGAAAGCUUAGAUUGCUGGUUCCUGGGAAAAUCUCUUAGUUCUACUAAGGAAGGGCUCAGGUUGUUCACACCAGAAUGAAUCGUCUUCUAGACUACAGGUUCCAUGAAAGCAGGACUCCUAUUCUAUCAAAGCAUCCAUUUUCUAAAGAACCUAGCACUUUGUAGAUAUAUUUAUUUUUAUAAAUUUGAUUUAGUUUCCUGCAUAUUUUAGAAAUGAAAUCCUUAUCAGAGAAAAUUACUAUAAUUUUUAACUGUUUCCUGCGUUCUGAUUUUUGCUGUAUUAGUUUUAUUUAUGCAAAACACUUUUUGAUUUUGUGUAAUGAAUAUUAUCCAUUUUACCUCUUGUGAUCCUCUAUAUCUCUUUUCUGGGCACAAACUCUCCCCUUAUCCAUAGUUUUUGCAAGUAAAUUUCCCUAUGCUUUCCUAAUUUGCUUAUGAUAUGACCAUUUAUAUUUAAAUCAGAUACCCAUUUUGACUGGUGUAUGGUAUGAGAUGUUGGCUUUUGCAUUAUUUCUGCCAAACUACUUUUAGUUUUCCCCAGCAGUUUUUGUAAAAUUAGUGAGUUCUUGCCCCAACAAUUUGAAUCUUUGUGCUUAUCAAAAAUUAUAUUGCUAUGUACAUUUACUAUUGAGUAUCACAUACUUAUUCUAUUCCACUGACCUACCAUAGUGUUCCUUAUCAAAUACUAAUUCUUUUGAUGAUAACAGCUUUGUAAUAAAGGUUGAAAUCUUGUACUUUUAGUCUA